AUGAGUACAGCAACGAACGGAGACCUGAACAAUACAGCAGCAGAGCGUGUUCGGGCUGAGAUCGCGACAGACUCGGCAUACCACCGCACCUCGCUUGCGAUACCUGCCUACGAAGACGAGGCUCACAUCCGAACAACGUAUCGACCCUUCCUGCUGGAUGAUGCACACUCAGACCGAGAUUGGGUCGCUCGGCUCGAGCUUAGCACAACCUUGAAGAUGGUCGAUCUUCAAGUUAUCAGGACUGGAGGUGACAGACCGAAGGUUCUUGUCUUAUAUGGCAGCAUGCGACAACGGUCCUACUCACGCCUAUUAGCAUUUGAGGCUAGUCGAAUACUCUUCCGGCUCGGCUGCGACGUUCGCAUGUACAACCCUACUGGACUGCCUGUAAAGGACGACGUUCAGCACUCGCACCCCAAAGUGCAAGAGUUACGAGACCUCAGCAAGUGGAGCGAUGGCCAUGUCUGGAUAAGCCCUGAACAGCAUGGAAAUCUUACCGCAGUGUUCAAGAACCAGAUCGACUGGAUACCGCUCUCAACAGGUUCUGUUCGGCCAACUCAAGGUCGUACAUUAGCAAUCGCGCAAGUCUCCGGCGGAUCUCAAUCUUUCAACACGGUUAACUCUCUGCGCAUCCUCGGACGGUGGAUGCGCAUGUUCACCAUCCCAAACCAGAGCUCGGUCCCUAUGGCCUAUACGCAAUUCACGGAUGAAAAUGCGGACGAAGGAGGGAGCAGGCUGAUGCCAAGCGGGAACAGGGACAGGCUAGUUGAUUGCAUGGAAGAGUUUGUGAAAUACACUUUGGUUAUGCGGCCACACUUUGAUCUUUUCGGGGACCGAUAUAGCGAGAGAGAGGAGAAGAGGAUCAAGGAAGAGAAAGCGAGAUUGUUGGACACGCGGAAUGGUAUCUCUUUAACCGAGAUGUGAUCAGCAAUAUCAUCGGCAAAGUGUAG